GUCACCGUCUCCAAGGAGUGGUCCGGGGCACCGGUUUCAAAGUCGCAGGGCGGGCCGAGUGGACUUCCGCUGCUGGCCUGGGGCUUCCCAGCCGUCUUGGCGUCGUCCUCUCCAACCCCCGCCGCUCCGCGUAGAACGCCGCUCUCAGGCUGCCGUCAAGCUCCCGCGGCACUCUCCUAGGUGGCCCGACGAGACCCAGAGUGACCCGCGGGACGCCUGUAUCGAGCGCGUCCUCUUCCCACCAGCGUGGGAUUCGGUUGAACGUGGAGUCCCCAGCAAUCUUCAGUCUCUCCCCAGGGCCAGGGACUCGUCUGGGGCGCGGGGGAAAGAAGCGUGGCGGGGCUGUAGAUGCCGCGUGAGUAGGAUGCAGAUUGCACCGCUGGAGCGCUUGACAACCAACCGAGCGUUGGCUUAGUUUUGUUUUCCCGCACAGCAAGCUCUCUGUCUUUCAGAGGAAGGUAAAGGUGGUGAAAGCUCCAAACUAAAAUUGUAUCGAAAUGGCUGCAGAAAUCGACUUUCUGAGAGAGCAAAAUCGAAGACUAAAUGAAGAUUUUAGGCGGUAUCAAAUGGAAAGUUUUUCCAAAUAUUCAUCUGUACAGAAAGCUGUCUGCCAAGGAGAAGGAGACGACACAUUUGAAAACCUAGUAUUUGACCAAAGCUUUUUAGCUCCUCUUGUUACUGAGUAUGAUAAACACCUAGGAGAACUAAAUGGGCAGCUGAAAUAUUAUCAGAAACAGGUGGGUGAGAUGAAAUUACAACUUGAAAAUGUCAUCAAGGAAAAUGAAAGGUUGCACAGUGAAUUAAAAGAUGCUGUUGAAAAAAAAUUGGAGGCCUUUCCCCUUGGCACAGAGGUAGGAACUGACAUAUAUGCAGAUGAUGAAACAGUCAGAAACCUUCAAGAACAAUUGCAGCUAGCCAAUCAAGAAAAAACUCAGGCUGUGGAACUCUGGCAGACUGUUUCUCAGGAGUUGGACAGACUACACAAGCUUUACCAGGAACAUAUGACUGAGGCCCAGAUUCAUGUAUUUGAAAGUCAAAAACAAAAGGAUCAGCUAUUUGAUUUUCAACAACUGACCAAACAACUUCAUGUUACUAAUGAGAACAUGGAAGUGACUAACCAACAGUUUCUGAAAACAGUAACUGAACAAAGUGUGAUAAUCGAACAACUCCAAAAAAAACUUAGGCAAGCCAAAUUAGAGCUGAGAGUUGCUGUAGCAAAAGUGGAAGAGUUAACUAAUGUGACUGAAGAUCUGCAGGGACAGAUGAAAAAGAAGGAGAAGGAUGUGGUGUCUGCCCAUGGAAGAGAGGAAGCAUCAGAUAGGCGUUUACAGCAGUUACAGUCUAGUAUAAAACAAUUAGAAAUAAGAUUAUGUGUGACAAUCCAAGAAGCCAACCAAUUAAGAACCGAAAAUACACAUCUGGAAAAACAGACCAGAGAGCUACAAGCAAAGUGCAAUGAAUUAGAAAAUGAGAGAUAUGAGGCUAUUGUAAGAGCCAGAAAUAGCAUGCAACUCUUAGAAGAAGCUAACCUUCAAAAAAGUCAGGCUCUACUUGAGGAGAAGCAAAAAGAAGAAGACAUAGAGAAAAUGAAAGAGACAGUUUCUCGGUUUGUACAAGAUGCUACCAUAAGAACCAAGAAAGAAGUUGCAAACACCAAAAAACAAUGUAAUAUACAAAUUUCUCGAUUAACAGAAGAACUUUCAGCCCUUCAAAUGGAGUGUGCUGAAAAACAAGGCCAAAUUGAACGAGUCAUUAAGGAAAAAAAAGCAGUGGAAGAAGAACUAGAAAAGAUUUACCGUGAAGGCAGAGGAAAUGAGAGUGAUUACAGAAAACUGGAAGAAAUGCACCAAAGAUUCCUGGUUUCAGAGCGUUCAAAAGAUGAUCUUCAGCUAAGACUUACGAGAGCAGAAAAUAGAAUAAAACAACUUGAAACUGACUCCUCAGAAGAAAUAUCACGUUACCAAGAAAUGAUUCAGAAACUUCAAAAUGUAUUGGAGUCUGAGAGAGAGAACUGUGGGCUUGUCAGUGAACAAAGGCUAAAACUUCAGCAAGAAAAUAAACAGUUACGGAAAGAGACUGAGAGUUUAAGGAAGAUUGCCCUGGAGGCUCAAAAAAAAGCCAAAGUAAAGAUCAGUACAAUGGAACAUGAAUUUUCAAUAAAGGAACGUGGAUUUGAAGUUCAAUUGAGAGAGAUGGAAGACAGUAAUAGAAAUUCCAUUGUUGAACUGAGGCAUCUCCUAGCGACUCAACAGAAGGCAGCCAAUAGGUGGAAAGAAGAAACGAAGAAACUUACUGAAAGUGCAGAAAUUAGAAUCAAUAAUCUAAAGAGUGAGCUGAGUCGACAGAAACUUCAUACCCAAGAGCUGCUUUCUCAGCUGGAAAUGGCAAAUGAAAAGGUAGCUGAGAAUGAAAAGCUAAUUCUAGAGCAUCAAGAAAAAGCCAACAGACUUCAAAGGCGUCUAAGUCAGGCAGAAGAGAGAGCUGCUUCAGCUUCCCAGCAGCAUAACUUGGAACAUUUGAAAGCUUUUCAACCUAAAUGUGGGGAAAAAACAGGAAUCCAUUCAUGUUGGAAGCCCAGAUUCCCUAACAUAUGCACUAGUGGUUGGCUCUGGGAAGUAACAGUCACCAGAGUCUGGAAGUUCUUCGCUUGAACUUGAGUAGCCAUUGUACUAUUGGAAGCCAGAUGGCCAGGUAUUGGCAAUGGCCAGGGAAAUCCCAAGCUGGCUCAAGAGCCAGUGGUUAGGGAAGAAGAAGGUCAAGUGGACUGGUAAAAAUUCUACUUCAACUGCCCUUAUUCAUAGAUACAACUUUCCUAACAGUCUCACUCUCCACCAGUCCCAUAUCCACAACCCACUCACAGGCUUAAAGCAGCAGGACCUUGCCAUAUUACCCUAAAUCUCCAUAUUGCAGCAGCUCUACCCUGUCCCCUCAGCUUCUUCAAUAAUGACCUUUUUUAAAAUUCUCUUCCCUGACUGCUAUAUUUACACAUAAAUUUCUUAGUGUUACUGAAGCUUCAGAGCUGCUGCUUAUAUACUAUAAUGCAACAAAAAUAGCCUUGAGGGCCAAAUAUAAAUAUGAUUUCAAGAUCUACCACAGUCCUAGAAAAUAAACUUUAUGGGCUGUGAAUGGUACCAUGAGGGUUUCUCAAGAACCAUAUCUGGUUCCCUAUAUUCAGGUAACCAUGAGUUUGUGCUUUGGGAAGAAUGCAGAGGGCUAUAAAAAUUCAUGAGGCUUAUUUAAGCCUUGCCUUCUUUAAAACAUUUCAUUCUUAUUUUAGUGUUUAGUUCGGGUUCUAGUCUUAGCAGUGUCUUAUGGUUACAAUCUACUCUUCUGUUUCCUCAACAAGUUGCAAAUAACACAAACUUCUCACAAAAAUGAUUUAAAAAUGACUGGAAAAAAAUUAAUCUGAAUUGCAAGUAAAUGUGUUUGUGUAGCUCAGGAUUAAUGGGUUUCUGCUUCUCCCCCACAUCAGAGCUCUCCUCUAGCAAACCCAAUGACGAGCCCAAAGGGCUUCCGCAUCAUCUCUGUUGCAUCAAGAAGCCAAGAUGCUUCUCCUGAUAAUGUCUGUCCUUCUGCUGAUAGUGCUGCUGGUGUGUAUACAUUUCUUUUCUGAUGCCUCACUCUCUGAGUCACUCAUUUCCACAUCGGGGACAUACCCGUCAUUCUCAUUGUCGGAUUUUAAUUUGCUUUUUGCCCUUUCCUUGGCUGGAACUCGGCCUAAGCCCAAAUAUGGGUAGUCUGAGUGCUGGUGGCAGGCCCCGUCGUGGGCCUCUCCCUGCUGCUGCCGUUCCCCCUUCUUUGGAAUCCGGAAUCCUCCCCAGUUUUUCACUGGGCUGGCAGGUGUUGUAGGCACUUUGACUGCAGUCUGAUUAUAGUUUACUUUGAUUAGGGAGCCAUUGCACUUGGGCACUAUCUCCUUCCUUGUGCCAGGUGCUGACUGCCCCACUCCAGGGGAGGUGGCAGCUCUUGUGUUGUCCAGAUGCCUCUGGGACACAUCUGUGGACCUGAGAGGCUUGUGACUCUGUUUAAAAGAUUUGUCCUUUAAGUCUCCUUUAAUGAGAUCACAAUGAAAACGAUUGUCUCUUCUUUUCCCGUGGUCUGGCAUCACCACACCAUUUUUCUGUUGUGCUGAUAUGAGACGUGCUUCUGCAAAGGUCUUUUCCAAACCCAAAAAGCUCUCUGGGACCACCAUCCCCUCCCUUCUACCACACAGGUCUGGCUGCUUCAGCAGGGUUUUGCCUUCACUUCCAGGGCUAUUCUGCAAAGGAUCUCGCUUAUGGGGCUUUUUCAGCGAAUGAACCAAGGAAGUACCCAUUUGUUUUCUGAAGAAUGCAGAAUGCCACUUCAAGUCCUCUAUCUUGGGAGCAUCAGGGCCAACAGAAGGACUGUUAAACAAAAGCAUGUUUUCCAGUGAGGAGGAGGAGCAGGAAGAAGGCACACCUAUAAACAUAAAACCACAAAUAAAGAAAAAUUACAGCAGAAGCAAAUCCAAAAGAAUAAAAUUCUACACCCU